UCGACAUGACUUCGAGUCGGGGGUUCUCCAUAUUUGUUGCGUUAAUCUUCGUGAAUUCUUGUUUUUCUUCGGCAACUGAAGUAAAUAUGGAAGGAACAGGCUACAUUACCUACGAUCUUCGUUCCAAUAUUAUCGCAUCCCUAACAAACCAUAUCGUAUUUUCGUUUAAAACGUUCCGUCCUUCUGGAUUAUUGCUUUACAGCAGCGGGUCUCAGGGAGAUUUUAUAUCUAUUGAGCUCAUUCAUGGACGAUUGAGGUUUACUAUCAAUCUUGGAAGUUCCACCGUAUCAGGAGAACACUCAGUACUUGUUGGCAAUAACUUAGCGGACAACAAAUGGCAUGAGGUUCAAGUAGAUCGAAACGAACGAACACUUGUGGUGACUGUUGAUGAUGUCAGAAGCCAAUCAACCACACCAGGCUCUUUCGUUCGACUUGAUCUUGACUCAUUCCUCUACGUGGCAGGCCUGGAUACGAGUGAGACCUCUAAUCUACACGGAGCGCCAACUACUCCGAAUUUUAACGGCUGUUUGAGGAAUCUUCACUUCGAUUACAAAGAUAUUUUAUAUUGUUCUAAGGUUGACCUUCUUGGAUGUGACACGCACGGUUUUUUGCGCUUCUACUGUCCAGUCAACACGUACGUUCCGGUCAAUUUUCCAACUCCAAAUACGCAUUUGAAACUCAGUAAGGCCUCUCCUCAGAAUUUUACGGUGGGACUCAACUUUCGCACUUACUACGGUAAAGGUAUUUUGGUUUACAAACAAGCUUCUCAUGCGCGCCUCUACCUUUCUCUGGUAUCAAGCAGGCUUGAGCUUAAAAUAUCUGUAGGAACUGAAAAACCGGUCAAAAUAAGUGUUGGUGAAGAUUUAAGUGAUGGCAUGUGGCACUACGUCAUGGCUGGAGUAACACGUAAAGAACUUUGGUUGAAGUUGGAUUCCAAACCAAAGCUCCGUCACGAAAACCCCUUGUUGGACCGAAUCGGUAAAUUCCAAAAUCGUGUUCAUAUUGGCUAUGGAACACAUAGUGAUGGAUUUGUUGGCUGCAUGCACCAAAUAAGGUUGAACGAUGAAUUAGUAAAUUUGAAAAGAUUAUCCGGCUCUCGUAUAAACGGAGCGGUCAUCGACCGAUGUAAAAUUACUAGUAAGUGUUUUCCAAAUCCUUGCGAAAACAGUGGCCGCUGUUUACAGACAUGGGAAACUUACACGUGUGACUGCGAAGGGACGUUUUACCGAGGAACCCAGUGUGAGGAUCCUCUUUACCGUGCUACAUGCCACGAAUACAAAAUACUGGGUAUGGUCCAGGAUGCAUAUUGCAAAGUCGAUCCUGAUGGCACUGGACCGUUAGAGGCCUUUGAAGUGUUGUGCAACAUGACAGCCUCUGACGCGGCCAAGACAGUACUACACCACAACAAGGAGGGAAAAUAUCCCGUGACGCGGGAAGCCUUGCGCGUCGGUAGCUAUUACUUUCAACGCAUCGCGUAUGGAACUGACUUGGCCAGCAUUCGUGCAUUGAUUCAGCGUAGCGGAAACUGUCGCCAGUACAUCAGUUAUCACUGUUACAAUUCAAAACUGUUGAAUUCUCCCGUUGGUCCUGAGAAUGUGCAGUGGUUAUCAAGUACCGCAGUCCCACAAAAUUACUGGGGAGGUGCGAGGCCUGGAAGUGGCAAGUGCUCAUGUGGAGAGACGAAGAGCUGUGCAGAUCCUUCAAAAUAUUGUAACUGUGAUGCCGACAGCAAAGAUCGGUGGAGGGAAGACUCUGGUUAUUUACACGACAAAUCAUCAUUACCAGUGAAUAUGUUGCAGUUCAAUUCGGAUGCCAAGGACUCUUUCUUCACUCUUGGUCCAUUAGAAUGUUUUGGAACCGGGGGUCGCGCUCCCGAAGAAGUGAGCAAUGCAAACUUUAUUUCGUCCGCCUGCAGAUUGGUUAACCCGCCCCCCACAGUGCGUAUUGAAACUGAGCCAGUGCAAAGAACCACUACCCCAUCCACUAUUCCCAAGCUGAAGGCGGAAAAGACAGGCAGCACUACCACUAAAAGUCCAGGUAACAAUAGAAAUUCGUUGUCUUCCCUUAAACAUCACGUUACCAUGACGACCACUAUCGCAACGAAUAAAAACUCAACCCUGGUGACGUCAGUGUUUACUCACGAACCCAAGAGCGCUGGUGUGACAGUACAUUCUUCCAUUACCACAGGUAAAUCUGGCGUGACAGUGCACACAAGCAUCACCACCAAAGGAAGGACUGUCACACUGCCUCCUGUCACGCCGUUGGAGCCGAACAGAAGCCGCAACGUGACCGUUAUAACAAGAAGUAGCAUUGACUACAUCACGCGGGUUGAAGGAGGAGUGGUUUACGAUGCAAGGUUUAUAAUCUUGGUAGCUUCGUCCUUACUGGCCUUCAUUCUUCUCAUUUGUGUUCUCAUUUUCGUUUUCCUGAAGCGGUCUGGUCGCAGGUACGUGUGCUGCAUUUCCUGUAAGAGCUGCAGGAGGAACAAGAAUAUCCCGGAUAUUGAGGUGUAUCGCCAUUCGGUUCGCACGGAUUCUCCGGAUGUGGUCCAGCUGGAUGAGAUGGGGCACGGCACGAUGGAGGUUGGGGCCUACAAUAUGAGUAACGGCGCCACAGUUUACCACUCGGUGCAUCGAGAUUCGCACGUCAGAAAAUACGUGUCCUUUUCAGCUUCCACCUCCAAGCUCUGAAUUCAGACCGGAUAUCAAGGAAUAUGUUUGAUCGACUCUGUCAAUGAAGCUUGACUCAUGCUGUGACAGAAGAAUUUUUGUUUUAAUUACGCACAAGUUAUUUGAGGUCUACAAGGAAGAUAUUAUCUAUGCUGACUCAGGAUUGGGUGAUAAGGAACUUCUGGCAAUGGAAAACGAACCAAUUAGAACAAAAGGGCGAAGAUAGUUGGAAUAUACACGAAUAUUAGCACGCAUUGCGUGUGUACAUCUAACAGAUGUGGAAUAGAAACUCGAUAAAGGAAUCCCUGGAAUCCCGAACUUGAUUUUCCAGUUUGUUGUGUCAGCUUUUCGCUGAGGUAGUGUGCUGUCUGGAAAAUGUCGAAGGUUAUGAGAGUUGUUCCAAAUGAUCAAAAUUCAAACCCAUAAUAUCAAGCCUGCACCUUUCACAACCUAAUUUUUUUCUUUUAAAUUUUUGCUUUAGCUGAAAAAAUUAAUGAGAUUUUCUGUAAGUUGAUCAAAAAAUAUCCGACUUGUAGGAUAAAAUGAAAAGGCUUGAUUAGAACUAGUGCUUUGAGUUGAAAUUAUCAUAACGAAUAUUGCUGUAAGUUAAAUAAUUACGAUAUAAAAACGAUUACCCUUGGCUUAAACCGAUUGGAACACGUAGCAAAUGAAGUAGUUGCUAAGGACAUGCUUGAACUGGUAGAUAAUGGUGUUAGUACUCAUAAUAGCUAGAUCUCACAGAAGGACUGUUCACGGUCAAGGUAGAGAGAGGGAGUGAGUAAUCAACAUAUUCUUUCUCGAAGAAGUUAAUUUAAAUGAAAUUAUCAUUGUCACCUUUCCAACAAGUUCAGUAGGACAAUUUACAUACGGGAAACAGCGACGCAUUUAAGGUAACGCUUACCAUAGCUUUACCAUAUAGCUGUUGUCAAUCACUUUUUGUGUCUGUUUUACACGUGCAAAGCAGUGUUCCGUUUCAUUUUUAGUAUUAAAUACACGAUCAUUAUUUGGGUGGGUUCUGUUUUAGAAUAGUUAUGAGACCAACACCGGAUAAAUUUGAAAGGACAAAGGUUUCAGCAAAACUGUUAUACUGAUCAAUUUUUGCUACAGAGUUACUACAAAGAUGGUUUAUGAGAUCCAUGAGAAAAGUUGAUUGUGAAAUGAAAGCAAAGAUUUCUGGCGUACCUGGAUAACGCGUUAUCAAUCACCGUUAAGAUGGACAUAACCAUAAUUUCUCAAAAAUGAAUUAGGGUGAGCCCAUUGAUUCGCAAAAGACCAGAUCGGUGGCGAAAAAUUUGAAGAAGGUAUGACUCGUAACAAGAAAAAGAAGUUAUGAGUGUCCCCGUGAUUUUUGGCACUUUCGUGUAGAUACGACUUAGUUUAUGCUAUGUCAAAUCAACUCAAUUUAAUUGGAACGGACAAGCAGUAUUCCAUCUUGCUCCAAAUGACAUAUAAUUUUCUUUGUGCGUCUCAGCCUGCUUUUGAAAAACUAUUAUUAAUUCAACUUCGCCUUUUGUACUCCGGAUUAGAAACAGGUUUGGCGAGUUCAAUACUGGAAUAUCUGUAUUGCACGACGUGACAACGUAA